AUGACCAAAAGAGAGAGAACUUAUAAACUAUCUACAAUUUCUAGUAUUGGUAUCUCCCUUUAUCUUACACAGACGGCACUAUCAAGGCAAAGUAGAAAUCAUGCAGCUUUUGCUUUGCCUUGCCAUACUUGCUGCUGUAACGAUUGCACAGGCAAUCCAAAAUUCCCUGAAGGUCUUCACUUUGUUGGUGUUGGUUAUAAUCUUCUAGAAGGGAACCCUGAGGGGGGUGAUGUAUCAAACGGCAGUGUUGAACCUGGACUUCUCUCCACCAGAAAAGUCUUCAAGCUGACGUGGAACGAAAACAAAGUAACCCUUGACAAGAAGUAUGUUGUACCAUAUCAUGUCAGCUUCGCACCACGUCAGUCUUGCGUAAAAACAAAUAAGAAGGAGGUCUUUUCAGGAUCCAAAAGCUACCGAGAAAAACUAAGUGUAGAUGUACAAUCCAGCGGAUAUGGGCAGGUGAAGAAAAAAACAUCAAAAUACCACAAUGUGUUUUUUGAAGAGAAGCAUGUAUGUAACCGUGGCCGAGCCCAAUACCAAAUGGACUUGGCUCGAGUCAAGAGGUAUUCUGCGUCGGAGGACCUUGAUCACCAGAACUCUGGACGAGGCGUCCAUUCUAGCGAGCUCGUUGGAACUCGAAGGGAACGCGUCAAGAAGGCAUUAGAAGAGAAUCCGAAACUCAAGAACGCUGAGGUCCCUGCUGAUCCCGAGGUUCAAGUUCCUCUCACUUGGCCAGUUGGAACGCGUGGUCUUCCCAUGCCAAAGGCAGGUUGUCCUAAGAAUACAAAGUUUGCUUGGGAAGUUGGAACCCCUUACCAAGAUACUGAGCAUGCUUUUGGCAAGAACCGCUAGUCAAGUCCGUAUGA